AUGGAUGCUGAGCAGCUAUAUGAGCAUCUCCGUGAUGAUCAUGUUGGCAGGAAAGCUCACCGUAACCUGUGCCUGACUUGUCGUUGGGAAAAAUGCUCUAUCCCAACAUUUACCAAAAGAGACCAUAUCACCUCUCAUCUCAGAGUUCAUGUUCCAUCGAAGCCUUAUCAUUGCAGUAUCUGCAAAAAGGGUUUUAAGCGGCCACAGGAUCUAAAGAAGCAUGAGAGGACUCAUUUAGAUGGCAACGCUGUUAUCUCUUGCGAGGCAACCGAUACCAAGACAACAGCUACAGCUUCAACCUCAGGGCAUCUCAAAGUCAACAAAAACAACUCUGCUCUUCUAACACCUCCCACAAUCUCGGAUCGGUCUCCUUCAAUCUCCUCCACGUCCACUCUAACUUCCUCGGCCACACUUUCACCAUAUUCUCUACCUCUCUCCCCUGCAGAUACACUCGAGUCAUGGAACCCUGGUCUUUGUAAGUAA